AAGACGGGCUGCAUAUAUAAAGGAUAACAGCAUGAACAUGAUUAUGCUCAACUGUGGAAGCAAAGCGCGCGGACCUGUGGCAUUUAAUUGCAACCUUUACGCAAAGGCGCUCUUCUGGACUUUCCUCCUCAAUUGGAUUGGUUUACUAGAAAAGAAAUAUUUCGAAAAUUAAAAAUAAAUAAAUUAUAAGUAAACGUAUACAACACACAUCAAUUUUUACACUUAUUUAUGUGUGUGUGUUUGUUUGAAUUAAUAUAAUUAUUUUUGCAGUGCAGCAUAUUCUAAAAACACCUGUCUUGGAUCUUCAAGAAGCGCCCUAGUGAUGAUUUGAAGAAUUUUUCCUGAUCUUUUUCAUCCCAAUGCCCGCCCUAAUCGCUGUCAUGGAAUCGAUAGGGUCUUCGGUCACCGAGUCUACCGACAUCACCACACCUGACGAUCCGUUCUCGGGUCCUCUCAAGUCUGUUGCGCCCUGGAAUUACACUUUCCUCGCCUGUCUGAUGUUCAUAGUGACUUCACUGUCUAUAACAGAGAACUUCACCGUUAUGCUUGUGACGUUUAGAUUCAAACAGUUAAGGAAACCGCUGAAUUACAUCAUUGUUAAUUUAUCUGUUGCUGAUUUUCUAGUUUCGCUUACAGGAGGCACUAUAAGUUUUCUAACUAAUGCACGAGGUUACUUCUUCCUGGGCGUCUGGGCGUGUGUGCUGGAGGGAUUCGCUGUCACUUUUUUCGGGAUUGUGGCGCUGUGGUCUUUAGCAAUCUUGGCAUUUGAGCGUUAUUUUGUGAUCUGUCGUCCUCUGAAAAAUGUCCGGCUGGGAGUCAAGCAUGCAGCUUUGGGUCUUGUUUUCGUUUGGACCUUCUCCUUCAUCUGUACCAUCCCACCAGUUUUUGGCUGGAACAGUUAUACAGUCAGCAAAAUUGGUACCACCUGUGAACCCAACUGGUACUCAACUGAUUACUACGACCACACCUACAUCAUCACCUUUUUCGUUACGUGUUUUAUCGUUCCUCUUGGUGUUAUCAUUAUCUCCUAUGGCAAACUUAUGCAGAAACUCAGAAAGGUGUCGAACACUCAUGGAAGGCUGGGUAAUGCGCGUAAGCCUGACCGAGAGGUGGUGAGGAUGGUCAUUGUCAUGAUAGUUGCGUACAUGGUUGGAUGGACACCAUAUGCAGCAUUCUCAAUUACUGUCACAGCCUGUCCCACAAUCCAUAUUGAUCCUCGCCUGGGCUCAAUACCGGCCUUCUUCUCAAAGACUGCAGCUGUGUACAAUCCCAUCAUCUAUGUCUUCAUGAAUAAGCAGUUCAGGAAGUGUCUGAUGCAGAUGUUUAAAGGAAAUGUCGCCAAUCUGGACUCCACCAAUCUGAACCAGACAUCAGACAAAGGGGCCAUCACUGCCACAGCAGAGAGUCACCUUGGAGAGAUGUCCACCAUUGCAGCUCGCAUGCCUAUGUCCAUGUGCAACAUGGAGAAGAGUGAGGAUGAAGAGGAAGAGUCGGGUGACGAAGGCCCAAAGCAGCUCCCUUUAUCGGAUAGUCAAGUGUGCCCUUUGUAGAGAAGGACUAGUCUGUCUGAAUAAAUGUAUACCUUAAAUCUAACCUGUUGUCUAACUAAAGCAUAAAUCCUACAGUCGUUACCUCUAUUGAAAUGCAUAUGUUAGAGUGUAUUGUUUGUGUUUUCACAUGUUCCUUGUUUGUUGUUCGUAUUUCUUUAUGUUGUGGCGAUCUGCAGUCUUGGCAUACUGUGUACUUGUCGGUAUAGCGAUAUUACCUUACAUAAACAUGAAGGAGGCAGGCAAUACAUUUCCAUACAGUCCUCUGAACGAACGCUAUUUGUUUUUCUGAUCUAUCUUCUCUCACUAUGGUAUAUUGCUGAUUGCACACUAGUACCAGUGGGGAUGUUUUGUUUAAUGGAAAUUGAAACGAAAGACCAUAAUAUUGUAUAUCAUAAUAUAUCUCUUUCAGGUCAUAAUACUGACUUUCAUUUUAUAAUCAUUAAUAGUCUA